AUGGCUUCAACGAGCUCUUCACCAGAUACCCUGUAUGAGAUCCCCGAGCCUACUCCCGUGGUUCCUACUAUUAGCCGGAGCGGCAGGCCAAUUGAGUACUCCACGUCCGUGUUACCGGCCAUAGGCCAUGGUGCACCCUCUCCAAGCGAAUACAUCAAAAGGCUCUCCGGCCCACCAAGUCCGCUGAGAAGGCCCAAACGAAGCAAAAAGUGUGAUCGAGCCCCGAAGAAAAAAUUAAAGAUCACCACAGAGGCUAUUCCUUUGGAGACUACAUCGGCUGAUAUGGAUGCCGCUAUUGAUGCUGCAGCCGACGAUGAUUCAGAUACCAACGUCAGGCAAAAGUCUCCUGUCAAGUCAUCGGCCGAUGCCAUCCCGGUGGCGAGCGAUGCCAUCGAUCCCAUUCCUGCUGCGGGGGCAGUGCCUAUACCACCGAGCCCGACCCAUGCGCCUUCUCCAGCCGGCCUGGCUCUAAAGUCUGGGAAGAAGCACAAGAUGGUGGUUCACUGUCCUUCUCGGCGGGUUACUUCCUCUGCACCACCUCCUGAUGUUUCCGACGCAAUAACUCCAUCGGCCAAUCCAGAUCCAGUGCCAGCACCUAUUACGGAGGAAGUUAUCCUGCCUGCUAGCUCGCCUACUCGGCCAAUCGAUGUCGUUCCCAUGGCACAAGACUUAGGUGACUUCUUUUCUUUUGACGUCGACCAAUACUUGGAUCCCUUCGAAGCCGAUACUGAUGAACCCAUUGAUUUGCCGGUUGACCUCCGAGCACAGCUUCAAGACAUCCUGGCCAGAUUGGACUAUCCAAUCGAUACCUUGAUCAGCGAUGCCAGGCCGAUCAGAUCUAGAAUCGAAGAAAUCCAGGAUAAACUGCCUGACGAUCUGAUAGAUGUUAUAGCCCCUACGGGUUAUAUUGAGUCUCACAGAAUUCCGGUGCUCCGGGCGCGUCAAAGGAUGACAGACGGCACUUCCUAG